UAUUGAACGACGGUAUGCAAUUUAGAUUUUUUUGUUGUAAGUGCUUUGUGUAGUAUGAGGGUUACAUCUAAAUGUGAAUUAUAUUGAAAUGAUAGUAGAUAUUGGUGCGAUAAAAACUUUCUAAUCAAAUAGUUAUAAAUAGUAGUGUUUAAUAUUAAUAAAAGUAAUAAUGGUUCGGAGCAGCGACAAGGAUAGACAUCAUAGAAGACGGUCUAGAUCAAGAUCGAGAUCACGUUCUGCUACACCAGAAAAGAAACGACGACGUUCUAGAAGCAGAGAAAGAGAAAGAGAAAGAGACAAGGGAAGGCAUAGAGAAAGGAGAAGUCGUUCACGAGAUAGAGAUAGGGAUAGAAGUGACAGAAGAGACCGUUCGGAGAGAGAAAGGGAUCGUGACAGAAGGGAGAAACGUGGAGACAGUAAAGAAAAGCGUCUUACAGGCUCAAAGUCGUCACGCUCUGGUAAAGAGCGAUCCAACAGAUCUCGUUCGAGGGACAGAAAGGAGAAGGAGAAAGGGGAAACAGAAGAAUUACCAUUUGAUCAUACAAAAUUAGAUAAAGAAGAGGAACAAAAACGAUUGGAAUUAGAAAUGCAAAAGAGAAGAGAGAGGAUAGAAAGAUGGCGUGCUGAAAGGAAGAAAAAGGAGUUAGAGGCAACUAAGAAAGAUGGUAAGACAUCUAUUUUGGCAAAUCUUCAAUUGCCUAUGAAAAAAUGGUCCCUCGAGGAUGACAGUGAUGAGGAAACGCCUGUGGUUCAGAAUAGCAAUAAGGAAGUCAAAGAGGAAGGUGCUUUGAAAGAAGAAGUAGAAGAGACUAAAGAAGAGACCAAAGAUGAAGAGGAAGAAGUUGAUCCGCUUGAUGCUUUCAUGGCAGAGGUCCAAGAAGAAGUCAGAAAAGUCAAUAAACUCGACAGUAAAGCUCCAAAGAGUACUAAUAAUGGUACAGACCCUGGAAAUCGACAAAGUGUUGUUAUUGUCACAGGCGUGGCUAAAAAGAAAGUACAGAAACAAAAAGGAGAGUUAAUCGAACAAAAUCAAGAUGGUCUUGAGUAUUCUAGUGAAGAGGAAGGAGAAAAUCUUCAUGAGACAGCAGCUGGAAUUGCGAAUAAACAGAAAAGAGAACUAGCUAAAGUAGAUCAUGCGACAACAGAAUACCAACCAUUUAGAAAAUCAUUUUAUGUAGAAGUACCUGAGAUUGCUAGGAUGACAUCAGAAGAAGUAGAAACUUAUAAGGAAGAGCUAGAAGGUAUACGUGUAAAAGGAAAGGGAUGUCCAAAACCGAUUAAGUCAUGGGCACAUUGUGGCAUAACUAAAAAAGAAUUAGAUGUUCUGAAAAAACUUGGAUAUGAAAAACCAACCCCUAUCCAAUGUCAAGCCAUUCCAGCUAUAAUGUCCGGACGCGAUCUUAUAGGAAUCGCAAAAACUGGAAGUGGAAAAACACUAGCAUUUUUAUUACCAAUGUUUCGUCACAUACUAGAUCAAUCUCCAUUAGCUGACGGAGAUGGACCAAUCGCAUUAAUCAUGACACCAACUCGUGAACUUUGUAUGCAGAUUGGUCGAGAUUCCAAAAAAUUCACAAAGUCUUUAGGUCUUUCGCACGUAUGUGUGUACGGUGGUACUGGUAUAUCUGAACAAAUAGCAGAAUUAAAAAGAGGUGCAGAAAUAAUCGUGUGUACGCCAGGAAGAAUGAUUGACAUGUUAGCGGCAAAUAGUGGUAGAGUGACUAAUUUACGUAGAGUGACUUACGUAGUUCUCGAUGAAGCUGACAGAAUGUUCGACAUGGGUUUCGAACCACAAGUAAUGCGUAUAAUGGAAAACGUUAGACCAGAUAGACAAACAGUUUUGUUCAGUGCAACGUUUCCAAGACAAAUGGAAGCACUUGCCAGAAGAAUACUUACUAGACCUGUCGAAGUACAAGUCGGUGGUCGUUCCGUAGUUUGCAAAGACGUUGAACAACAUGUGGUGGUAUUAGAGGAAGAUCAAAAGUUUUAUAAACUUCUCGAAAUCCUUGGACAUUACCAAGAUAAAGGCUCUGCUAUCGUAUUUGUCGAUAAACAAGAAAACGCAGAUACACUUUUAAAAGAUCUUAUGAAAGCCUCUUAUUCAUGCAUGUCUCUACACGGAGGUAUUGAUCAAUGCGACAGAGAUUCAACUAUUUUAGACUUCAAAGCUGGACGAACGAAAUUGCUUGUUGCAACGUCUGUGGCCGCGAGAGGAUUAGAUGUUAAACAUCUUGUACUUGUUGUUAAUUAUGAUUGUCCAAAUCAUUAUGAAGAUUAUGUACACAGAUGUGGUAGAACGGGCAGAGCUGGAAAUAAAGGAUAUGCAUAUACAUUUAUUACAUCCGAACAAGAACGUUAUGCAGGCGAUAUUUUACGUGCACAUGAAUUGGCAGGUGUACCUGUUCCAGAACCUCUGCGACAAUUAUGGGAAGCUUAUAAGGCUCGUCAAGCAGCAGACGGAAAGAAAGUACAUACAGGAGGUGGUUUUAGCGGUAAAGGUUUCAAAUUCGACGAAUCAGAAGCGGCAUUAGCCAACGAGAAAAAGAAAUUCCAAAAAGCAGCCCUUGGUCUCCAAGAUUCCGAUGACGAAGACAUUGAAAAUGAUAUCGAUCAACAAAUCGAAAGCAUGCUUGCUCCUAAAAGAACGGUUCGCGAGAUCGCAAGACCAUCCGCUACAAAUAUUGCAGUUCCUGGUCAACCAGUGACAAGUGCUACCGACAAAUUAGAAUUGGCCAGAAGACUUGCAUCCAAAAUCAAUAUUGCUAAAAAUUUAGGUGCAGAAGCAAAAGGAGCUACGCAACAAGCAGCAGAAGCUAUAUUGAAGGGCGCCGGUCCUACAAAUUUGAUUACGGCAAAGACCGUUGCCGAACAACUGGCUGCUAAAUUAAAUACUAAACUUAAUUAUCAGCCACGCGAAGAAGAUCUCGUGGAAACCGACGCGGAAACUGGCGAACAAACUUUCCGCAAAUACGAAGAGGAAUUAGAAAUAAAUGAUUUCCCUCAGCAAGCAAGAUGGCGUGUUACGAGUAAAGAAGCUUUAGCACAAAUCUCUGAAUACUCGGAGGCAGGUCUUACAGUUAGAGGAACGUACAUUGCUCCUGGUAAAGCACCGCCAGAAGGGGAAAGAAAAUUGUAUCUUGCGAUUGAGUCAACCAGUGAAUUAGCAGUUAGCAAAGCAAAGGCAGAAGUCUCUCGACUUAUAAAAGAAGAAUUAAUCAAGUUACAAGCAUCUGGAGCUCAUACCGCUUCUCGCGGACGAUAUAAAGUUUUGUAAAUGACUUGUUACAGUCAUAUUAAACUAAACAUUUAUAAACAUAAUUCGACGCUGCAAUGUAAUCAAAUGGAUUUACUGAUGAAUGGAGAACAAAAAUAUUAGAAAUUUUAUUAUACAUACAAAUAUCAAAUAUCAAUACAGAGUUUGUGUGUGUAUUUAUCAAUAUAAUAACAAAUUAUACUUAAUAACUUAAUACAUAACAUUUAUGAUAAUUUUAUUCUUAUAAACUGCCAGAAAUUGGUAAAGACGUAAAAAACAAAACAAAAAAGAAAAGAAAGAUAUGAAGUCUUGUAGAUUCUUGAUUUUAUGAAAAAUGUGAAACUUAUCAUUGAGAUAUUUAUAUAAGCAUUGAACAUGAAACAAGUAUCGAAUAUUUUCGAGAGCGGAUGAAUGUCUGAUUACUUAUUAUUGUCUGGUAACUUAUGUUAGAAACUUUUGUUUAUGUACACUUUAUAUAGUACAGCGCGAUACAAAUCAUUUCGACAAUUCUUUGCAUCAUAAUAAGUGCGCAUUUUUGUACAUUUUCCUUAUCGCAAUUCUAUCUCUUUGGUAAUACUAGAGUAAUAAGUAAAAAAAAAAAAAAGAAAAAACAUACA